AUGGAAACCGAGCUUCAUCAAAAUUACGAAUAUAUUGGAGCUCAUGUAAAGGAUUAUUUAAUCGAUAAUAAAUUAUUUAGUCUUUUUGAGAUGGAUGAAAUCGAAAAAAUCUUUGAUUACACUACAUUUACAGCAGAUGACUACAUUUCUUUUCUUGAACAAUCGCAAAAUGAAACACCUACAGAACAACUAGCUAUAAUUGCAUUAAAGGUGAAUGUUUCUAUGAAUAAUAACCAAGAAGCUAUCUCAAUACUCAAAUCAUUACGAAAUAUUUUAAAUCUUAAAUUUUUUGAUAGUCUUAUUACUUUUUUGAGUUCAUCUAAGAUACAAACAUCAAUUUCAACAACAAAUACAUUAAACUCAAGCCAUUCUUUUGCAUUACAAAAACCAAAUUUAGGAUUUAAUUUAGGUGGUUUAAAAUUACCUCAACGUCCUAAAGAUGAUUUGUCAAGAAUUAAGGAAUUAAAAAUGUCCCAAAAUAACAAUGAAAUAUACAAAUUCUUAGAAGAACUCAUAAAACAAGGAAAACAAGAUAUGAUUAAAAAAGCAUGCGAAGAAGGACUUGCUGAAAAGGGAGAUUCGUCUUUUAUGGGAAAAAUGUUCUUCAUCAAGCAUGCGAAAAAGGAAAUCUCAAACUUGUCAAAUCUCUAA